AUGCAGCUCGACAUGUUUCAAAAACAGACCACGUCAUCAACCACAAGCCAUUCAGCACAAUCUCACUAUCAGCCUCGGACCAAUGUGCCACUAAACAACCAGCGGUAUGCUGCCCUUUUCAGCACCUCAAGCACAACACGCGGCAAACAUGCAGCCAAACAGCCACUGGUCUCACUGUGGCGUAGGUUAAGCUUUUUCUGCCCGACGCAGCCGGAGCGGCUUCAUUCUUCGCUCCAGUCGCUUUUUUCUUCCAGUGACCCUCUUUUUUUCGUCUUCCCUAGUGCAAAAUGA